GACAAGAUCAAGUGAUAGCCAGUGCGAUUCUCAACAAGAACCUUCGACUCCAUUCCCAACUGCAUCAGACAGCUCUUCCAUUGGAAUACCUCAGCCCGCUACCAGACCACCAUGGCGUUGAUGCACGCAACCUCACGUCUGUUCGACGACAGCCUGUUUGACGACGUGUUCGGUAACCCCUGGGUGUCCAUGCCCCGUGGUUUCUUCUGGCCGCUGCAGCAGCUGCACACGCCCCCGGCUACUCCCAAUCAAGAUGCCAAAGGCAACCUUGAGCCUCAAGCCGAACGGGGCAUGGGCCGUCAGCUGCAGAUGAUGGGUGCUUGCGAUGUGCGAGAGGAGGCUGACCACUACAGCCUGCACAUUGACACCCCCGGCAUGUCGGAGGAGGACAUAUCCAUCGAGCUCACCGGUGACCAUGCGCUUGCCGUCAGCGGCAAACGCUCGCGCCGCGUGGAAACCAAGGGACCUGCACUCCCGGCCACAACAAAGACCGAUGCCAUCACCGACGGCGCGGGCGAUGUCAUGGACACGGACGCUGAGCCAGUGCCCCGCAAGCCGGCUGCUGAUCAGCAAAAAGACGCUACUGUGGCGGCCCCUCGCUGGCAUCGGGUGGAACGCAGCUUUGGAUCCUUCCAGCGCACCUUCAAUUUGCCUGAGGAUGCCAACGUGGACAACAUCACAGCCUCCAUGCACAACGGGGAGCUUGUCGUGACUGUGCCCAAGUUGCCCACGCCCCAGCCCAAGACACGCAAGAUUCAAGUACAGAAGCAAGCCUGAAGCCCUCUGUGGACGAUGUCGCUGGGCGACUGAUACAGACCACUUGUGCCCGGCGCUAUGCUAGGUGCUUGAUGCGCGAGGGUGUUUGUCAUGAUUCCCCCCUCCGAAGGCACCACAAGUGUUCUAUGUGUGUUUCCAUGUUUUGUGCUUUUGACUUUUUCUGUGAUUAUCUCUCGUUUGUUUUGAACAAUUUAUACCCGUAACAGC